UGUAUUGUGUUUAACACAGUAUACCUUUCGAUUGACAACUGUUUGACAAUAAAAUAUUGUAAUUAAAUACAGUGUGAUUAAAAUAUUGUUUUUAAAACAUUCAAAACCAGAUAGCAUUCAUGCUAAGUAUGGCUACAAUGAUGAGUGGAUUUGGAUUUCAAGAUAUGAUGGCGUCGAUGGGCGGCCCGCAGAGUAACGCACAGAUGGAUCCGAUGGGAAUGGCGUCGAACUCAUCGAAUGGGUCGCCGCCGCAGAGGAAGAUAUCCGCGAGUGAGACCAUACACUCCGGUCAGUUCAUGGUGUCCGAGAUCGAUGAGAGCGAACAGGCCGUCGAACAGCCGGCCAACGAGUCCCAGGAGUUGGAGGACUACGAGCGGCCGAUCGAGUCGUCGGACGUCCUCAGCAAAUAUGAUUUGGAGACCAAUUGCAUGGAAACCACUCACACCUAUCUGUACGGACCCCAGUAUGCGAACACUGUGUCCAUCGACGGCUCGCUCACCAAACUGUUUGAGUGCAUGAGUCUGGCCUACAGCGGAAAGAUUACGUCUCCGCGUUGGAAGUCAUUCAAAGGCCUGAAGCUGAAGCUCAAGGAUAAGAUUCGGCUCAAUAACAUCAUAUGGAGGGCCUGGCAUAUACAGUACAUUGCCGGACGUAAUCCAGUUGUUUGUCAAUUCUCUUCGCCGGUGGACAGCGAUCGCCAUAAGAAGGUGGAAGCGGUCAUAAUGGAGGGAAAGUACUGGAAAAGGCGUAUGGCGGCCGUCACCGCUGAGUAUAAUAAGUGGCGUCUAUAUCAUAGUCACAGAAAAGGUGGUCGACCCGAAACACCCUCACGUCCUAAUAUGUCGUUUGAUUGGGAGAACUGUUUUACGAGUUUCAAUAGUAUGUCGGAAUGCGCUUCCGAUGACUAUACCAUGGAUUUUACGGAUUCAUUGUUUAGUCAAUUACUUCAACCAAAUCUUAUUGAUUUUCCAAAUCCCAGAGAAAUAGCCCGGAGUGGAAUGGGCGCUGAGUUUAUGCAGCCGGGACUCGUGCAAUUGCAGCCUAACCUGGAUGAUUUCAUGGAUACAUUUGAGCCCUUACAAGAACUAUUAUUCUCUUCGAAAAACAUGUCUUCAUUGCCGACAUUACCCGAAGAGACAAACAUUGAUAACAAUGUUAUUGUCGGUCAACAAAACUCAAAGAUUAACCAAUCGAUCUCUGAGAUGUCGUCUUCAGAUUUGUUGAAUUCACUUCUGUGUCAAACGAACCCAUCGGUCGGUUCGUCUCAAAUGUCCGGCUAUUCCGUUGGCAAGAGUUUGAGGCAAUCCAUGGGACAGACCUCAGCUCAACCGCAAAUGAAUCCGGAAAUGCACGUGUCGUUCAAACUGGAUCCCAUGCCAUCCCAGCCCUUAUCCCAACCCCUAUCCCAACCCCUAUCCCAGGGUCCCAUACAGUCGUUGAGUUUGAACGACUUGACUGCCAUUCAAAACAUGCAAUCAAUGCAAUCGAAACCAAUGCUGGACUCGAUGUACACUCAACUCGGGUCGCAAGCGUUUGGUACACAAAACACAGUGCCUUUGAAUCGCAGCCAACCGGCCCUUCACACGAAAAGCCGCGGACCUAUGCCUCCAGAAUUUGCUCAAACAAACCAUACCUCGUAUUCUCCACACCCCGUAAGCCCUGUUCCCCAACACUACUCCGUGAAGAGUCCCAUCCGCAAGAAGUACAUGAACUCCGUGUCAAAGACCACUGCCUCUGCCAUUGACGCCAAUAACCAGAAAUUCAUUGCUCCCAAGGCUUUGACGAAUAAGCAAAGACGCGAACGGAGUAUAUCGACGCCACAUAUAAAUCGAGACGGACUCGGCAUCCAAGUGCUGCCGCAGAUGCCAAUCCCCACGUCGGCCGUCUCGAUGACAAACAUAAACACUUCCAGAGGUAACUCACACUUUGAGCGCUCGUCGUCUCUGCCCGUCUAUACUCAAGAGCGCCGAAAGGGUGUCGUCUCGAUGCCCAACCCGAUCGCUAACUUUUCCAGCGUUUCCGGCAGUAAUUCCGUGUCUAAUAUCUCAUACCCAUUGCAACAACAGUCGCUGCAAUCGUCACAACCGAUGGUUCAUAAGUUACAAAUGAUGGCACAAAACAAUAAUAAUUUGAACUCAUAUUCGGCGCCGCCUUAUAAUAUAUCGCCGCAAAUGGUUGUGUCCAACGCUUACGACAUAUCUCAGGGAUCUUCGAGUGACAGCACUCUUAUCGCACGUCUUCUGACCUCAAACUCAUUGAAUAACAUUUCGACCGACAGUUCACAGCAAAUGUACUCAACUGUAAACCCCAGCGCAGCUCAGACUAUGAAUUUGUCAAACACUGGGGGCGCCGAUAGAUCCACUACUAUAGACGCCUCCUGUAUAGGCAUCAGAACUCCGGUGACGACCGGUGCCAACGAAAAGUGUCAGUUAUACUCACCAAAGCAUAGCCGAGAUGCGGACGGUUUGCCAAUCAGUGGACAAUUAGCGCCAAAUAUUAAACCAAAUUUUCUAAUGCACUCCAAUCCAAACAUACGGUCGUCGCCGUCGACGCCCUCAUCGAUGGCCUCCAUUGUGCCCCAAAUGUCAUCGCUCGCCAAAUCUCACUCAUCGCCGGUCUCUAUGGCCUCCUAUAACGACAACAAGUUCGCCGGCGUUCAGCCGAUCCCAUCGCCGCCAUCGCACUCGUCGCCAACGAACGCAUCAAAAAGCAAACCCACGAAAGAUCGCGUCCAAUAC